AUGGUUGGGACCAAUGAGGCUAAGAAAGUACCUGGGAAGCGGGGUAUUCACCACCGAAACCAUAGUUUGUGCUUUAAACGUACGACACCUACGGAAGAACCCAAUAUUGACCACAUUACUAUUACAGUUGACAAGCCCAUAUCCACAGCGAGAGGAUCCUUGAAGACGCUUCAACCUGACGAACUCAGACUACCGUCCCAAGUCAGAGGAACUGACCCGGACCUGGCAAAUAGGCACCAACCGAACCGUUACCAGGAGUAUGGAGACCCAGACCCCAGGAGCAGAGGAGAGAGGGGGCGCCGUGACGUCGUGAGGGACGCAGACGAGACCACCCCUAACACCCGUACCAGGACAAGUGGCGAGGUGGGCCAUAGUGACAACUACCUCAGAACUGGGAACGCACGAAAUGGUGCAGAUAGUGCUGGACCAGGGGGCAGUUACCCUAUCGGCCAGGGUGAGCUGGGUGUUCAGGAUCGACAAGCGGACCUCGUACACCUCAGGACCGGCCAACAACAUACCGGCCAGACUUCAUCACCACGAUGGGCCAGGACCUACACGGCGGUAGUGGUACGGCCCAAACCCCCAGUGGGCCUAUGGUUCCCGAUGGUGCCCACGGAUACCACUGGGAAUACUACCACGAGGAGGAUCGGGAGUGUCUAG